CCCAAAAAAACAUUACGCAGCUUCUCGAUCUUCGUUUCCCUUCCUAACUAUAAUUUAUUUAACACACAUUCCUUCUCAUUUUACUUUUCUUCUUUCUUGACUUUUACACAAGACGCUUCGUUUUUGGUUUUGAAUCUUCUUCUAACUUUUCCCGAUUGAAAUCUAAUGAUUUCACCGCCGAGCUAUAACGGUGACGCGAUGGUUAACGGCGAAUCUCAAAGAUCUGUUCCGACGCCGUUUCUCAACAAGACUUUUAACCUCGUGGAGGAUCCUUCCAUCGACGAUGUAAUCUCGUGGAACGAAGAUGGUUCCUCCUUCAUCGUCUGGAACCCGACUGAUUUCGCUAGAGAUUUGCUUCCUAAGCACUUCAAACACAACAAUUUCUCCAGUUUCGUCCGUCAGCUCAACACUUACGGAUUCAAGAAAGUUGUACCGGACCGGUGGGAGUUUUCGAAUGAUUUUUUCCGGAGAAGAGAGAAACGUCUUCUCCGCGAGAUCCAGCGCCGGAAACUAACGCAUGUUGCUGCUCCGCCGUCGGAAGUGGUGGCUGUGGCUGCUCAGAGAAUCCAGACGGCGAAACCGGGUGUGUCUCCGUCGAAUUCAGGGGAAGAUCAGGCGGUGUCUCCGUCGUCGUGGUUUUGUCAAACCGGGAACGGUGGUUUAUCGGUUGAGCUAUUGGAGGAGAACGAGAAGCUACGGAGUCAGAACAUCCAGCUUAAUCGUGAGCUUACUCAGAUGAAAUCUCUCUGCGAUAACAUCUUCAGCCUCAUGUCAAACUACGCCGGAUCUCUUCCCGAUCGGAGCUAUUCCUCGGGAGGUAGUAGCAGCCACGAAGCGAUGAAACCGGUGGAGUUUUUACCGGCGAAGACGGUGGUUGGGGAAGAAGAAAGCCCGAGGCUGUUCGGUGUUCCGAUUGGGCUCAAACGGACGAGAAGCGAGGGAGUUCAGGUGAAAACGGUUACCGUCGCCGGCGGCGGAAGCGACGGAGGAGGGGAGAACGAGGACACGCCGUGGCUGAGACACUAUAAUCGAGCCAAUCAGAGAGUCUGUCAUUAGACGGCUCAGAUUUUGCGUGUGUAGAUAUGUUUGCGAUGUAGAGGAUUAGAGCUUUCCUUAAUGAGCACGUGUCCCAUCUGUUUCAAGAAGUUUCAUCAAUCUUGACUUCUUCUCUGACAUUUUGUCAAUAAAUAAUGCUUCAAUAAACGCUCUCCUUUUCAGUUUUUC